GAAGCGCAGGGCGCACGCGCACAGGAGGCGGCGCUGCAGGCGCUAGAGGAACCUCAGCGCGUGCGGCGCGGAGCCAGGCCGGACGGGAAAGUGGAGAACCCGCGCAGCGGCCACGGCGGCCGCAAUGGCGCAGCCACAGCAGGCUCGGGUCCUGCGGUGCUGCAGCUGCCGCCUGUUCCAGGCGCACCAGAUGAAGAAGAGUCUCAAAUGGACAUGCAAAGCCUGUGGGGAGAAGCAGGCGUUUUUGCGGGCUUACGGUGAGGGCUCUGGUGCUGACUGUAGGCGCCAUGUCCAAAAAUUAAAUCUGCUGCAGGGACAAGUUUCAGAGAUGUCACUCAGGUCUUUGGAAGAACCUGUAAAUGCCGGUGAAGAGGAAAAUGCAGGUCCUUGGCAGGCUGAGCACGCGAGGCUGCAGGGAAAGCCGCAGCCCUCAGAGAAGGGCUGGAUGAAGGAUCUGGAAGGGGCCUCCAAAGGACUGCGGCUGGAAGGAGGAGUGGGUUUCAGCCGACAGCCCCAGGCCAAGACGGAGGAGCCAGAGCCCCCCUUCAGGACAGGCCUGCCAAGGAAAAGGAAAUGGAGCCAGAGCACGGUUCAGCUUCCUGACGGCCAGGACUCAGGCAACUCUGAGCUCACCUUGGAGCCCCAGGGCCGCGUGGGCCUGGCAGGGAACAUCAAAGAAAGAAGCAGUCACGAGGACUGGGACACCAGGGAGCUCACUGUUCCUCAGGGGGCACCAUCACAUCCUGCCCAGCAGCUCAGGCCCGUGUCUUCUAAGUGGGAACGAUUUCUUCUGCCACCUGGAAGCAGCUCACACGUGGACAUGGAGCCCCCAACACCCCUGCACAGAGGCCUCAGGCCAGCUGAGCCAACACAGGCUGAGCAGGGGACCCUCAGGACCCAGACCCCAAGAGAAAGGCUCCUCAGCAGGUCCCCCGGUGCACCCCAGCUUCCUGAGGCCACACACACUCUCACAUCUGGGCCCAAGAGGCCCUGUGGGAAGGCCCCUGAGCAGUUGUGGGGCACAGCACAUCGGGCAGAGGGUGGGCCCUCAGUCAGAGGGACACAGGAGCCCCCACUCAUGCAUCUAUGUGACCUCUUUAAAACCGGUGAGGACUUUGAUGAUGAUCUGUGAACCAAGACUAGUAUAUUGUAAAUUUAGACACAUUUGUUAAAUGAGCCCUUCGCCACUAGACCGUAUGCCACUGGAAAUAGGGCUCCCUAAGUUGCUUUUAAAUAGGACUGAGGAUGAUUUAUGGGAACUACCGAGAACUGACAAUAAAAAUCACUAUCAAACAGAUCAUCUCUUGUUGCAACAUCUUUGAUUAAAGUGCUUAUACCAUUUAAUUACUGAGUGUUUACAAAUAUAACAGAAUGGCCACAAAAGGAUUUUCUCACUUUAAAAGCAACUGACACAUUUGGAAGUGAGGGAACUCUAGUGGUUAUGAAACAGAG